GCUUUCAAGGCAGCCCUGAUGAGCUCAUACUGGUGCUCAGGGAAAGGCGAUGUUAUUGAAGACUGGUGCAGGUGUGACCUCAACGCCUUCGAUGAGAACGGACUUCCGAACUGCAGCCCUCUCCCUCCGCCUGUCCUGCGGCUCUCCCCCAGCAUGGAGCCCUCCAGCACCGUGGUCUCUCUGGAGUGGCUGGAUGUGCAGCCUGCCAUUGGGACGAAGGUCUCUGACUAUGUCCUGCAGCACAAGAAGGUGGAUGAGUACACGGACACGGACCUCUACACAG